AUGACGGGCGGGAUUCAAAUUGCGAUCGACCGUGGCGGAACCUUUACCGACUGCCUGGGCCGGAUUCCGGGCAAGAACCCCGGCGAGCCCCCCCGCGACAUUGUCAUCAAGCUCCUGUCGCGCGACCCCUCCAAUUACAAGGACGCCCCAACAGAAGGGAUCCGCCGCAUCCUCGAGAAUGCGACGGGCCGCACGAUUCCCCGCUCCGAGCGUAUCUCGACGCACGAAAUCGAGUACAUCCGUCUCUCGACUACGGUCGCGACCAACGCGCUGCUCGAGCGCGACGGCGAGAAGCACGUCCUGGUCACCACCAAGGGCUUCCGCGACAUUGUCCAAAUCGGCAAUCAGGCGCGCCCUGCGAUCUUUGACCUCGCGAUCCACAAGCCGGACGUGCUGUACACCGACGUGCUCGAGGUCGACGAGCGUGUGACGGUCGUCGGCUAUGCGUCCGACCCCGAGGCGCGCUCGCAUGCGGUGCAGUUUGCGUCGACCGCGCGCGAUGCCAAGGUCACGAAGGAGUACUCGGGUGUGGACAUCCCGCCGAGCGCUGGCCCGCUCGGUGCGCCGUACGUCGCGCCGGAGAUCGUUCAGGGCAUCUCUGGCGAGGCCGUCGCCGUGCUCCAGCGCCCUGACGCGGAAAAGGUACGCGCGGACCUCCAGCGCUACUACGACCAGGGCUACCGCAGCCUGGCAAUCGUCUUUAUCUACUCCUAUACCUUCCCGGAGCACGAGCAGAUGGUCAAGAAAAUUGCCGAGGAGAUCGGCUUCCCCAGCAUCAGCUGCAGUGCCGAGCUCAUGCCGAUGAUCAAGAUGGUUCCCCGCGCGACGUCGGCGACUGCCGACGCGUACCUCACGCCGGUCCUGCAGGCGUACAUCAACUCGUUCUUCCAGGGCUUUGACGAGUCGCUGCGCAACGGAUCGGCCGGCACGCGCGUCGAGUUCAUGAUGUCGGACGGCGGCCUGACGUCUGUCGACCACUUUUCCGGCCUCAAGUCGAUUAUCAGCGGCCCGGCCGGCGGCGUGGUCGGCAUGGCGCUCACGUCGUACGACCCGACCGACGGCCGCCCGUGCAUCGGCUUCGACAUGGGCGGCACGAGCACGGACGUUUCGCGCUACGCCGGCCGCUACGAGCAGGUGAUGGAGACGACGAUCGACGGCGUGACCAUCCAGAGCCCCCAGCUGGACGUCAACACCGUCGCCUCGGGCGGCUCGUCGCGCCUCUUUUUCCGGAACGGCCUGUUUGUCGUGGGCCCCGAGUCGGCCUCGGCGCACCCUGGCCCGAUGUGCUACCGCAAGGGCGGCCCGCUGGCCAUCACUGAUGCGAACCUCGUCACGGGCCGCCUGGCGGUCGAAAUGUUCCCCAAGAUCUUUGGCCCGAACGAGAACGAGGGCCUGGAUGCGGAGCUCUCGCGCGGCGCGUUUGAGGAGCUCACGCAGCGCAUCAACGACGAGACGGGCCGUUCGAUGACCGUCGACGAGGUCGCGCAGGGCUUUAUCCGCGUCGCGAACGAGGCCAUGUGCCGCCCGAUUCGCUCGCUGACGCAGGCGCGCGGCUUUUCCACCUCGAAGCACGUCCUCUCGAGCUUUGGCGGUGCGGGUGGCCAGCACGCGUGCUCGAUCGCGCGCUCGCUCGGUAUCACGACCGUCGUUGUGCACAAGUACUCGUCGAUUCUGUCGGCGUACGGCAUGGCGCUCGCCGACCGUGUGUUUGAGGCGCAGCAGCCGUGCAAUGAGACCUGGGAGUAUGCAGAGAACCCCAGCGCGUCCUCGGCGCUAGGCCGCAUCCAGGAGCGUGUCAAGGAACUCACGGCCAAGGUCGUCCACGAGCUGCACGACAAGCAGGGCUUUGCGCGCGACCGUAUCCACACGGACGUCUACCUUCACCUGCGCUACGACGGCACGGACACGGCUCUGAUGACGCUCAAGCCCGCCGACUCGUGGGACAUGGAAAAGGUGUUUGUCGAUGCCUACCGCCAAGAGUUUGGCUUCGUGCUCGACCAGCGUGCGAUCAUCGUCGACGACGUGCGUGUCAAGGCGGUGGGCCGCACGUUUGACUCACUCGGCCCGUCGGUGCUCGGCGAGCACGCUAAGCAGGUCGCCGCCAAGGGCAAGGACGCGUUUGCCACCGCCAAGGCGCUCGACAGCGCGCCGCGCCGCGACGUGUACUUUGACGGCCUCGGCCGCGUGCCGACGGCGAUCGUGCGUCUGCGCGACCUCGCCUGCUUUGAGCAGGUCGAGGGGCCUGCGAUUCUCAUUGACGAGACGCAGACGAUCCUCGUCGAGCCCAAGUGCGAGGCACGGAUCCUGAGCCAGGCCGUCCUCCUCAACAUUCUCUACGAAUAA